AUGCUUAAGCAACCACCCAACACCCUCAAGCAACCAUCCAACAUGCUCAAGCAACCACCCAACAUGAUCAAGCAACCAUCCAACAUGCUCAAGCAACCAUCCAACAUGCUCAAGCAACCACCCAACAUGCUCAAGCAAUCAUCCAACACCCUCAAGCAACCACCCAACACCCUCAAGCAACCAUCCAACAUGCUCAAGCAACCACCCAACACCCUCAAGCAACCAUCCAACACCCUCAAGCAACCACCCAACACCAACCACCCCCCACACCCUCAAGCAACCACCCAACAUGCUCAAGCAACCAUCCAACAUUUCUGUGAUUGUCGCAUCAGCUCCGCCAUCAUCAUCAUCAUCAGGAAACAACUCACUGUUGGGCCGAUUCACCAUUGGAGUGCCCAACACACUGAUGUGACUGAGGUCAGCCAGGUUAAGGUCACGUUCAGGGGUGGCUGGACAUGA